AAGAUGGCGAACUGAUGUAAUGUGAGCGUAUACUUCGUGUGUGGGUUUUCGCUUUUUUUCUCGUUUGUUAGUCAUCAAAACCAGUCCAUUCUCAUAUUUAUACACUGGUUAAGAUUUCAGAACUAUCAUAUAGUAUACAUACUGACAUUUUAGUUCAAUCCUUGCCUAUUUAGUGAGAUUGUUUCGAGAAUCCUAAAUUUUACAUCCAGUAUUGUCGUCGUUUAUCAAGGCAUAAACAUGUUUAGAAUACCCGCUUCCUUAAGAUUCCUUGGAGGGAACAGUAAACAGAUCUACAGUUCAAAAGAAUGUAUUAAAUCGGGUUAUAGCUUCUCAACUGUCAGAAGAUUGUACAAUCAAGGGUUAAGAGAUAGUAGACCUGUGUUUGCUGCAGUUACAUGUCUUCAUAGCACAAGGCAAAGUACUUCAGGAAUUUCAAACCACUGCCAUGAAAGAAAAUGCAGAAGGGUUUUGUCCUCAAGUAGUGGAAGCAAAGACAAGAGUGACAAAGGAUCAGGAAAUCAAUGGAGUUGUCCAAAAUGUGGAAAUCCAUGUACUACUGUAGAACCAUCAACUCGUUUUGUACAGUGUGACAAGUGUAAUCACUUCUUCCUAAUCUUAUCGGAAUCAGAUUCCAAGAGAUAUAUUCAUGUUAAAUAUAAUGAAAAAGCUUCUGGAAAUGAAGCAGAUAAACAAAGCAAAGCUGUACAAGCACCUCCACCGCCUCCCAGAAAGAUCUUUGAAUACUUGAACAAGUAUGUAAUAGGUCAAAGUUAUGCCAAGAAAGUACUGUCAGUAGCUGUGUAUAAUCACUACAAAAGACUGUCAGUGAACUUGCCGCAAGCCCAGCAAUCUUCAGCACCAACAGAAGUUAAACCAGUUCCUCUCCAGAGACCAUUCCCCGGCUCACCACAAGAGCUGCAGAUGCUCAUGACUCAGACAUCAAACCUCAAUUCUCCCUUAGGAGCAAGUGGUGUUCAUUCACCAAGUCAGCUAAGAGAACAGGCAGGAAGUGACAUCCUGGACUCAGAUGUGGACAAAAUUCAACUAGACAAGAGUAAUAUCUUGCUGUUAGGACCCACUGGCUCAGGUAAAACUUUGCUUGCACAAACUAUUGCUCGAUGUUUGGAUGUCCCCUUUGCAAUCUGUGAUUGUACUGCUCUGACACAAGCUGGAUAUGUUGGUGAGGACAUUGAAUCUGUCAUUGCCAAGCUCCUACAGGAGGCUGGUAACAGCGUGGAAAGAGCACAGCAAGGAAUUGUGUUCUUGGAUGAAGUGGACAAAAUCAGUUGUGUACCAGGUGUGCACAAUCUUCGAGAUGUUGGUGGUGAAGGUGUACAGCAGGGUUUGUUGAAGAUCCUUGAAGGGACGGUGGUAAAUGUCCCAGAGAGAAACUCACGAAAGAUGCGCGGGGACAGUGUAGCUGUGGAUACCACGAACAUAUUGUUUGUAGCAUCUGGAGCAUUCAAUGGACUGGAUCGAAUUAUCAAGAAGAGAAAUCAAGAGAAGGUGAUCGGGUUUGGAGCACCCACCAGCGAUCGUGGUUCUAAAGGAAAAGAGCUUGACAUCUUCAAGAAUUACCAGCCUGAUGUUAGAGAUGAUAACGCCGAGCGGGACAAGUUGCUCAGUAAGGUGGAGGCGCGGGAUCUGGUUGAGUUCGGGAUGAUACCCGAAUUUGUGGGUCGACUUCCUGUGGUGGUCAGUUUACACUCUUUGGAUGAGGAAUCGCUUGUGAAGAUACUGACUGAACCUAGAAACGCUCUGGUACCACAGUACCAAGCACUGUUUAACAUGGACAAGGUUGAACUAAACCUCAGUCCUGAUGCCUUGAAGUUAAUCGCUAACAAAGCUUUGGAAAAGAAGACGGGAGCACGUGGUCUGAGAGCCAUACUGGAGAAUUUGCUAUUAGACCCCAUGUUUGAUACACCUGGCUCUAACAUCCGGACAGUUUAUAUAGAUGAACACGUGGUCGAUGGAAGUAAAAAAGCUGAAUACGUCUUGGCCCCUGAAGAAGAGGCCCCUAGUGCCGAAGCGAAUGAGGAACAAGAAGAAAUAUAUGCUGGGGACGUCAGUUCAAGGGCAUAAAAAUAACAAAAUGAACAUUCAACAUUGACUGUAUGGACCAUCAACAGUUAACUUCCAAGAUUGUUACACCCAUCGUUCUUCCGGCAGGAAAAUGUUUAUAGCGCUUGAAGAUAUUUUCAACGAGAAACGAAGACAUAAGAGAAACGCGCGAUACUGGGGAAAAAUCUACUUGGCACUUUUAUGAAUAGUCCAAUAUCGUAUUUACUGCUUGGAAAAUUAUUGUCUUUGUUGUCUUUUUCUGAUAUCAGUUUUUAAUAUGGUGUUACCCGUCUGAAGUUAGGGCUGUUGUUUUGUUUUUGUUUUAUGUUUUUUUUGCGCGAAAACAUAAGAUCGUCGUUUUAAUAGUCAUGUAAUUUUUGGGUUUAAUGAGAGAAUCUCUUUUACUGUACAAAACCUCGUGAUUUCAUAGCUGAAUGUAAAAUAUCUCACUACUAUUUGACCCGCAUUAAAUUCUCUUUGACCAACA